AGAUUUUCAUUGUGUUCCGCUAUUUACUUUUCAUCGCUGGCUGUUUUUUUGUUUUCUGGGUUAGGGAUUUCUCGGAUAUAUAAAGGCCUCCUGAGGUCUACGGAAUACAGUCACUAUUGUUUCAACCCACAACAAUGAAGCUAGCAACCUAUCUCUUGGCCCUGGUCUUGUUCGCCGGAUUCUUCCUGCUCCAGCCUUCCUCUGCGCAGACGAACUCCACCACUAAUAGCACUACGGAGGCAUCUACAACCACGACCACGACCACCGCCUCGCCCAGAACUGUCAAUAGGAAACAUGUCACGAUCACUAACAUGAGAUACAAAGUCGUUCGCAGGAUUAAAGUAAACAGGAACAGAACCGGUUAAAAUAGACGCAGGCUUACGAAAGUUUUGACAAUAAACAAAAAAAAUUUCUAAAAUAA